AUGACUUCCAAGCUCCAUCAACCAGGUGGAUCGAGCGCCACGGGCGGCUGCUGGACGGACGAGGGGUCUGACGGCAUCGUGGCGAACAGCGGGACGUCGCCGCCUUCCCCACGCGUCGGCGCAAGCGGCCUCAAGGUGGGCACGCCAGCCCCGUGGAGCGCCGAGUUCAAGCAGCUGCAGGCGAAGUGCGAGUUCUUGGCGCAGCAGCUCGAGGCGAAGAACAAGGCCGCCGAGCAAGCGCCACCAACCGACCAGGCAGCAGAUGCGGCAGACGCUGCCCAGUACGGCAACAGCGAGACCCACAAACGCCCGACGGCCCUGCAGUCGCAGAUCCACGCGCUCGAGAACUACAUCAAAAGCUUCACGGACUUCGGGGAAGAUUCCGCCGUGGCCACGCUCAAGGUACAGCUGGAGGAGAAGCGCCCACUCUUGCGCCAGUUGCUCCCUCCUGCGACAGCGCACCGCGUGGUUCGGCAGAAGCUGGAGAAGACGCGGACCCAGCUGCACCGCCUCAAGGAGGAGCGCGCCAGCAUUGAGGCCAACGUGGAACAGCCCAAGUCCGACAUCGCAGGCAAAACGGCUGUCAUCGAGGCCAAGGCGGCUGAGGUUGUGCGGCUGGCUGCUGAGGCCGCGAGUGCGGCAGCUGCCCUCCAGAAGCAACGCGGCGAAGCGGCGGCCGCCCAGGCUGCUGCUGCGCCCCCGUCGGUCCCCGAGGACUUCUUCACGCGGGCGCAGGCGGACCCCAGAUUCGCCUCGGACCCCGCGCUGACGGAGUUCGUCUCCCAGGUCGCGGGCAAUGAGAACUUCAGCAAGCUGCAGAAGCUCCUCCACGGCAGCACUCGGGCCACGACGCGGGAGCAGCAGCGCGACACCACGAUGGGGGAUGCGCAGCCUGUUCAGCCUGCCCCAGUGGGCCAGGCGCGGCCUCGCACGGCGACAACCGCCCUGUUGAAUUCACCGCCGAGGACACCCAGCAAUUGGGAGCAGAAGCAGCGAGAGGGCGGCGAGCCCAUGGCAAUGUCGCAGGCCGACAUGCUGGCCGCCCUCAACGAAAUUCAUAAGUGCAAGAUCCGUCGAGAUGGUCGACGGGGCGCCGAUCGCCACAAGCCUCGACUAGCUGGCCGCAGCAAGGGCGCUGAUGCGCCCGCGGAAGAACAACAGGCGCGGCUGCUCGAGUCCUUCAACGCCAAUAAGGGCAAUCACACCCCGAAGAAAAGGCUGACCAGGACUCGCGCGCUGGCGGCGCUGGCGCAGGAGAUCGGCUACCACGAGUGGGAGGCCGAGGAGCUCUGCAGCACCAUCGACAACUUCGGCUGGUCUGCUGGAGCGCUGCGCCCGUUCCAGAGCGCGAGCGCGGACAUGCCGCGGGCGAUCAAGCCGCGCCGCCCCGCCGCCCUGCAGAUGGCGGCCGACGGCGCCAAGAUUCAGGCGCCCACCUAUUCGGUCGAGCCCAAGACGGAUUGGGACGGCGUCAUCCAACAGGCGCGGCAGGCGGUCGCCAUGUCGAAAGAGGCACCUGCCGACGUCGCCCGGGGCCCCCCCACCCUCGCACGGGGCCGCUGGGCCAAGGUGGCGGCCGGGAGGAUCGCGCACUUCACUGGUUUUGCGAUCCGCCGCCCCCACCAGCGAGCCGGCAUUCUGACGGCGCGAUGGGUCGACGUCGCCCGCGAGGGCAAGGGCGCCGAGGGCCUGCGCGCCCCCGCGGAGGGCUGGAAGUGGCUGGCGGACAGCUUCAGCAGCAUCAUCUCCUUCGAGGAGGUGCCGACUGCUGAGCGCGCCGCAGCCGCCGCAGCCAGGCAGGCGGCCGACAAGGACAGCGAGCCCAGAUGGAAGGAAUGGUGCCAGCAGGCUGCCGCUGGAGGCGCCCGCGGCCUCCGCCGCGCCGCGACCUACAGGGGCGCGCGGAAGCCCGCGGUCGCCAGGGCGUCGGAUGGUCUCCCGUCGCCCCACCCGCGCGUCAUCGCCGCCGAGAUGGAGGACGUCCACGCGGGCUCUGGCGCGCCACGGCCCGCGACCGAUGGCGCGUGGAAGCUGGCGGCCAAGGCCAAGGCGCGCGUCAAUGACGAGCGCUACAGCCUGACGUUCAUUGCGGACUACGCGAAGAACUGCGAGACCAUCCAGCUCGUCCAGGCGAGGGAGAAGUUCGUCAGCUACGUCGACUUCGCGAGCUACAUCGACGACGGCAGCUUCGGCGUCGAGGGCAGCUCCAAGGAGGGGGCCAUCGAGCGCGGGGUGGCUGCGGGCAGGAGCUUCCAGGAAGCCGCCCGCAGGCUCGGGGCCACCACCAACGACGAGCUCGCCAUCCCCGGCAGCGUCAGGGAGCACGGCGAGGAGGUCGCGCGCAGACUUCAGUUCAUUAGCAUUGGCGCGCGGCCUGGCCUGACCUGCGGCAUCGAGGUCGCCCGGAUGACAAACAGCGGGCUGACCGCGUUGCGCGGGGAGCACGGCGGGUGCGUCAAACCGCACCACGGCGGCAUAUCCACGAGCGCCAAGCUCGCGCUCGGACCCCGCGGCCAAGCAGGCGCUGGCUCCCGCGCCCCAGCGCAGAGUGCGGCGGCGCUCUGGUGGCGGCGCGAGCUUCGCUCGGCAGAGCGACGGCAGCGGCCACCUGCAUCGAGGAUGACCUUCGCCAUCUCGAGGCCUUUCGGCCGCGCCAAGAGCAAGAAGUACACGGGGUGCCAGAAGCUCUCGGCCACGAGCCCGGACGGCGUCGAUCAGCCCCUCCCCCACGGCUGCGUCCGGCACCAGGACAGCGACAUCCCUCGACCAGAUCCUGGCGCAGAGGCCCAAGUCACCGACCUCGACGGCGGCCCCGUGGACAUCGAGGCCGAGGAGAUGGUCUCUCGCGCCUGCCCCGACGCGAUCGAGAUCGAGCUGGCCGCCGACGGACCCUGCUCCAAACCAGCCCUCCCCGAGCUGGAGCGCGCGGGCUGGGCGGUCAUCUUGCUCGACCCCGCCGGCGCGCCGCCGCCGUCGCUCCGCGGGGCGGCGCCCGCUGCCAUGCCACAGAGCUUCACGAUGGCGGCGUUCCUGGGCACGGCGAUCUCAGCGCAGCUGGCGGAUCGGUCGACGGACCUCCAGCUGGAUUUCGCGUGCGCAGCGAGGGCUAGCCGCAAGUCUUUCGCAGCGCAGGUUAUGGCCGAGGAGUCGAUGACCUCGAAGAACUCCAUGGACAAUCCGCUCGCGGUGCGGAAGUCGAUGAGCCGGAGCGGCGUGCUGGCGGCCCAGCGGCAGACUCCCGAGGAGCAGGUGAGCCAGCUGCUGCAGCUCGUGGCCCAAACGCACGAGCGGGUCGAGUCCGCGCUGCAGUUGGACAACCAGGAGAUGGACGGUCACCUCGCCCACGCCGCUCGCCUCCAUAACGGGCUGAUGGUGGAGCGCAACGCGCGCGAGCUGCUCGGUUCCGAGAGCAGCGAGGCCAUGCGGCAGGUCCACAGGCGCAUCUCGCAGGGCCUCUCCGAUGCCAGGCAGGAGCGGCACCGGGGAAUGCAGGAGCUGGAGAUGACGGGGGACAAGGGUCUUGCGGAGCUGUCGGGCAUGAUGGCCGAGGAGGCGUCCACACAGGAGGACUCCAACCGCUACGCGCAGGAGAUCCAGGCGGAGGUCGGCAACCUGUACAAGGCCAUUCACCAGGAGAAGGGGUACCGCCUUGAGAAGGGCCAGAAGCUGGGCGAGGCCGUCAAGCAGAAGCUGAGCGAGGUCGAGGACGCCAUCUCGGCGGAGCGGCGCUUCCGGAUAGACUCCCAGAGCACGCUCCUGGAGCUCUUUGGCCAGAUGGGCGAGAAGAUGGAGCGGGAGAUGGAGGCGUGCCGCCGGGAGCGCUUGGCGUCCACGAACCGGAUCCUGUCGGUCAUAGAGACCGUGCUCCCGAGGGUGGAGGCUGCGCGGCACUCCCAGGCCGACAACAUGACGGAGCGGGUGGAGGACAGCGGCGACGCCGCGGACAUUGCCCGCGCCGUGGCCAGCAACAAGUCGGCCAGGAGGGGCGACAUCGCGAAGCGGAAAAGCAUGCUCUUCAAGGGCCGGCUUGUCAACGUGGGCUGA